UGGGAGCGGGUACCUGUCAAAUUCGGGUACCUGCUCCCACUUCCGCUGAGAUUGCCUAGGAAGCAGAAGUUGUCCUCCCCCCCCCCCCCGUAGUCUUUUGGGACAUGUGACAGGUCCCAGAAGACUACAGGACCAUUCACAAUGCGCAGCGCUACUCAUGCAUGCACAGUGGGCAUCUGUCUGUGAAGCUGCAAGCUGUCACAGCCUGGUGCCCCCACUUAAGAUGCGGGCACUGGGGAGCAAGGAUGGCAGGAGAAAGCAGCUGCGGUGAGUACACC